UUCUGUUGUACUCCUGUCGUAGCUCUUUACCCUUCGAUUUCAAGGCUUCGUCCAUUUUCCCAUCACCUUACUCACAUUUUGUGAGGUUAUUUCAAAAUCUACACAUUUUUAUUCGAAUGAAUUUAAACUGAAACGUUUAGCAUAAUGAAUUCGUUCACAGACGACUCUAGAUCAAAAUCUUCAGGACUUUCUUCUAGUAGCCUUGCUCCGCUCUCGCCGUAUCUCAAUUUAGACCCUUCCUAUCUACCCGUCCAGCCAGAAUAUAUUUUCCCAGAAGGAAACUCCAGGGAAAGAGGAAGGUUUGAAUUGGCAUUUUCACAAAUCGGAGGAUCGUAUAUGAUUGGAGCUGUUAUUGGAGGAACAACCGGGUUCUAUAAUGGAUUGAGGGGAACUACAAUGGCUGGACAAACGGGAAAACUCAUGAGGACGCAAAUGCUGAACCACAUCACGAAGCAAGGCAGUGCGACGUCAGGUGUGCUGGGCGUGGUGACGGUGAUGUACAGCGGAUUCGGCAUCCUGUUGUCGUGGGCGCGGGGCGUCGAUGACGAGCUCAACACAAUGGCGGCUGCCACCGCCACCGGAAUGCUUUACAAAUCAUCACAUGGGCUACGAAAAUGUGGAUUAGGAGGCGCUGUAGGUCUGGGUAUUGCAUCGCUCUACUGCCUUUGGACAUCGCGGGAUAAAUUACAAACAUUUCAGCAACAAUAUGCUACAGCGUUGAAGACCAGAUUCCUAGCCAACGAAGAUCCCAAAAUCGCCAAGACAGAAGUAUUUCUCGAUAAUUGGAAAGACGAUGAAUAGUGGCGAUUCUAUUCAUUCGAUAAAAGUAGGACAAAGACGUCUGGAAGGAAAAGCGGUGUAGGCAAGUGGGAGGUAUUUGGCUGCUCACAAGUGGACGACAUUACAUCCGAUGACAUCACAUCGAUCCAAAACUCACAACUAUCGACACAAUCUCGAAUAAUAACACACGAUUAAAACUAGUCUCUCAUUGAUAAUCUAAUAAAUACUGUAGGUAACGCUAAUCAUUUCCUAUUUUGAACUACUUAUUAUAUCUACAAUCAACCUUACUUUUUCACUUUCUCAGGCUAACCAUAAUAAAAAAUGUUUGAAACCUUUCAGCUCCAGUCAAAACUUCACGAUAUUUUUAAUAUUCAUUAAAAAAAUAUCUGUAUAUUUAUCGUAUUCCGUAUACAAGCACUUUAUUAUGAUACAAUAUAGAUCACUGUGAUUAUUAAUAAUCAUAUGUAUUUUUCUAUUGAUCAUUGAAUGAGUUCACUUGGAAUACUUGGGAAAGGAACAGUUUUGGGCUUGAAGCCUGUUGUUUCUUUCCCAAUCAUUCAUAGUUGAGAAUGAUAUUGCAUUCAUCAAUGUAUAAAUAAAUGAAUAAAUACCGUACAAUUUAAAUAAUGAGCACAAAGCUAAAAUAAUAUCUGAAGUCAAAUUUCUAGAUCAAAUUGAUAGAUUCUUCAAGACCUUGAGAGUGUUUUUGUUGAUGUUCAUUCUGAUCAUACUUAAUUCUCAAUUUCAAUAGCGUAAGUUACUACAUACAAUUGCAAUCAUUGUAAUCUCAUCUGAAUUAGUAGACAUAUUGUCAACGUAACACAACAGUUUUAUCUAUAUAGGCCUCUGUAUUAGUUUAAUUCAGAGCAUAUCGGAUAUGAACUUGAGACUUUUGAAGCUCACGAAAUUUUUACUAAUUGUCAUUAGAAUAUCCAUUUGGAGUGGAAAAUCAUAUUUAAAAUAAUCGCCAGCCAUUUUUCAAUAUCUCGCAAAUCAAUUUAUUGAUUCUGUGAGAUUAGU